GGGUUAUUUCUGGUGUCGGUUAUCGGUAUUUUUAUAAAAAAAUACUAGGUAUCAUAUUAAUUUACUUUUAUAAAACUUGUGUAAUAUGAAAAUAUUAUAAUUUAAAUAUAAUGCUGCCAAAUUAAGAUGUCAUUUUGUAAUACAGUCAUUGUAUUGUCACGUCAUACCUACGCGGUUGCAUAGAAGUGUGAGUGAAUUUAUACACAUUGUGACCUCGUUAAGGAAGGACACACAUAUAGCUUGACGUUCUAGAACGCUGACGUCAUUCAAAUCGUGGCGAGAGCGCAGCAAGCAAGACAUUGUGAAAUGUGAACGGACACCCACUUGUCUUGCCUAGUAUCUAAUUUACUUGAAAGUUGUGGCUAUGAACAGUUACAAUACUGACUUCUGCCAUACAUGUUGAAUUUCUCACUGCGCAACAACUCAGUAAUUUUGUGAAAUUUGGAGAUCUGCCUAAUCCUAAUGAUAAUUGUUCCAACGAUUAUUAGCGACACUUUUAAAAUGGCUGAUACGGCAAAUAACAUAGACGAUUUAGAAGACGGCGAGAUCGAAAGCGAUGGAGAGGAUCCAGUGGGAACGCAGAACGUGGAAAAGGAAGAAGAUGCGACAGUUCCAGAAAAAACAACUCAAGAAAAUAAUGAAUCCCAAGAUUAUAUGUUUUCUAAAUCAGGUAAGAAAAAGAAAUCAAAAAAUAAAGGAGAUCAAAAAUAUAAAGAUAAAAGUAAAAAGAGUCGCAAAUAUUCCAGUCCAACAGAGGAUGAUUUCGCAGGUUCUAUUGAAAAGGCUAUUAGGAAAGCGAUGAACAAAAAUGAUGAUGCAGAUAGUCUUGUGGAAGAUAAUGGGGAAGAUAGGCGUAAACAUAAAAAAAGAAAAAAAUAUGACAGCAAAGAAGGACCCAGUAAAAAGCGCAAAAAACAAGAAUAUGCAGAUGAAAUGGAUGAGAACGAAAUGAUGUGUGUGAGGGGUGCGUCUCCUGUGCAAAAAUCAGUAGAUUCAUCAUACCCGGAAGACGACAGAGACUCUUAUGCUUCAGAUAGUAGUCAUGAAUCCCGUGAACAACAGCAUCAUCGCACCCAGCGACAUAGGCCGCCGCAACGAGAGCGUAAUAAAAUUAAUAAAAAUGACCGAAGAAGAGGUACACAUCAGACGCACGAUUCAGAUGGACUUUGUUUGUAUUAUAUGCAAGGCAAGUGUCAUAAAGGUGAUGAUUGUAUAUAUUCACAUGAUGCUCAACCUCCUAGAAAAAUGGAAUUAUGCAAAUUUUAUAUGAUGGAUUGCUGUGCGAAAAGAGAUAAAUGUUUAUAUAUGCAUGCUGACUUUCCUUGUAAAUAUUAUCACACUGGGCUUCCCUGCAUAUAUAAAGAUGAAUGUAAAUUUGCUCAUGGUAAACCAUUGACAGAAGCUUUGAAAAAUAUCCUCUUAAAACAUAUUGAAUCUGCACCUAAAGAAAUUUUAGGUGAUUUUCCCAGACUACAUAGAGAGGGUGCUUUACAAAUGAUUCAAACAACACAAACAAAACUAAUACAACAAUUUACUGAAAACGCAGAGGAAGAAAAGACUAUACCUUCUCUUUUUGAAUUGAAUAUUCCUAAUCCACAAAAUGUGACAGAUAAUUUACAGUCCAAUCAGUUUAAUAAUGAUAAUAGGCAAAAUAAAAAUUCACCUAAGGUGCGACAAUCUAGAUGGCAGAAUGAUAAUUCUAACCAAAAUUUCAAUGUCAAUUUAUCGCCUACUACUAAUUCUGGUAAUACAAACAUUUUAUGUAUUAAAAAUUUAACUGGGGUAUUAACACCUCGGCAAAUUUCAGAUUUAACCAAAAUGGGAAUAGAAAAUCUAGAUCAAUUGGGGCAGUUAACUGUAUUGCAAUUGAAUAGUAUAGGCAUUUCAUUGAAACAGAUUACUGAGAUACAAUUAAAUACCAUGAAUAUACAAAAACUAGGAUUAAUAAAUUCUAGCAAUGAAUCUUCGUCUCAGACAUUUGUAAGUGGUACAUCUGGUACUAAAGAUUUAGAUUUAAGAGUACCUCCAGUAGUUCCAGUUUCAAGUAAUUUGGUAGUAUCCGAUUUAGCUGGAAAGGAUGUAGAUAUGAGAUUUCGGCCGUCUGUGACGGUGUCGGGAACUGAAGAUAUUUCUAAUAGUACCACUAUAUUGAAAAAGGAUCAGCAAGCAAACAAAGAUAUGAUUGAUAUUGAUCAGUACACAAAAGAUGCCCUGAAAUUUGCAUCGAAAGAUAAAGAGAAUAUUGACGUCUCAAACGAGUCUUUUGAAAAUGAAAAGUCUUCAAUUCCUGUUGAAACAAAGGAUGUUGAUCACAGGGUCCUCCCUUUUCAUGAUGAUAGUUCAAGAGUUUUAAAAACAAGCAUCGAAGAUAAUCCAGGGAAAAAAGAGUUUGAUACGGAUAUAAGAUUUCUACAUCCUGAACCGAUAUUCAAAAAUCCAGAGAAACGACAUCGUCGCUCUACAACUGAUGAUGAAGAUAAUUUAUUGAUUGACGAAAAAUGGUACUCUAGUGACGAAGAAAAAGGAAAUAAAAAGAAAUCUCCAGCUUCAUCACCACGACCUGCAUCUUUAUCACCUCAAACCCCAGCACCGCAUGUUAUUGAACCUUCAUCAGUUUUGAGUAGACUUGGCGAUCUUUCAAAAAUUGACAUAAGUGAAGAAGUAACAAAACUAUUGCAUACGAUGAAAAAUAAUUUGCAUGAAAAUAAGGUCGAGAACACCAUAGAACAAAUCAGUUCUCCUAAAUCUAGGGACCCUAGGUCUAGAAGGUCUCCUGAGAAAGUUCAUGAAAUGAAUAAAGUACUUAAUAAAAAACCACAACGUGUAUCGAUAUACGAAUGCAUUGAUGGUGAACCCACUGAUGGCCGUCGAAGAACUGAUGUUGAUUUACGGCAAACUGAGUACAAAAUUCCUACUUUUGGAGAUACAGAUUUGCGUCAAAGCGCUAGUGGUGAUAUAGAUUUUCGUUUAGGCUUACCUUUCAAACCAAUAGAUAAUUAUACUCCUGCCACAGAAAUAAAUGGUUCAAUAAAUAGUCACCCGCCAAUGGUUUAUAAAUUAAUACCAAUUGAUAUACCACGACCGGAUUAUACUGAUAUUAGAGAUAGUACUGCCAAAUCUCAAGCUUUAACAGAUCCUAGACUAAGAAAAGUAUUUCGGUUAUCUUUAGAAGAAUCAAAUAGCGAUAGUGAAAAGUCGACUAUACCAACCCAACCUGCAACGCCAAGGGUAGAUCCGAGGAGAAAACCAAAAGAUACAGUUGAAAUGGUAAAUUUAGAUCAAAAACUAAAUACUUUAGAGCUUCCAAACAUUUUGCAAAAUUCGAAUUGGUAUAAAGAAUUAAGCUCUACUCAAAAAAUAUUCGUAAAUCAACAUUUAGCUCCUGUUAGUCAAAUGAUUAAACAGUACCAACAAGAAAAAAUACCUGGUAAAAAAUUCGAUCUUGCAUUUUUACAAAAUAAUAGUAUAUUGUGCAAUAUUUUUACUAGCUUAGGUGUAUCUUUAGGAGAAAAUGGCGAGUUUACUUAUUUGCCCAAACCUAAAGAAGCUUUAUUAAAAACGCCUCCAAACUUUAUUCAAAAUGUGAAUUCAUUUGGAAUAAAUAGUAAUAUGGCACUUCCACCUGGUAAUAUGGACUCUAGUAAUAUGAACAUGAUGAACAUCCCACCAAUGGGUUUGGGAGGUAUAAAUAAUAUGAACGUAGGGCCUAUGCAUGGUUUUAGUCAAUCAGUACCAGAUCCACGCUCUGGGCCGACUCCGGGAUUAUUGGGAAUAGCUCCUAAUAUUCCUCACAAUUUUAAUAAUAAAUUUGGUGGUCCCAAUAAUUUUGCAAAUAUGGGUUUUAAUGGUCCAGGAAAUGAUUUUAAUUUUAUGGACGGAGAACAAAACUUUCCAAGAUUUCCUAAUAGAGGUGGACAUCGAGGUCGUGGUAACGAUAGGUGGAAUCGGGGAGGUUCUGGAAGAGGUCAUCGAGAACGGAAAAAUUUUAAUGAUCGUGGUAGUUGGAAAAAUGAUAGACAUUAAUGUUGUACAUAUAAUUUAUGAUAGUAUUAAAUUAUUUUUAACCAACUGGAGUUAGGAAUCCUUCCACAUAUUACGAAAUGUGAUUAAGGUGAUAAAUUAUUAUUAAUAACAGACUUCUGAAUAGCGUUAUUGUUCUAUGUAUUAAUUUGUUUAGUUUCUACACGGGUUAAAAGGUUUGUGGAAAAGGUCGUUUAUUGUAAAUACUUUUACAGAACAUACAUAAUCAGUCAUAUCGAUAUAAUAUGUGAAUAAUUGUGUUAAUGAGAAUAUUUAUAUAAUAAAUUAAGUUUUUAAUACAAAGUACUCAUAAGAGCCAAAUGUUUUAAGACUGAGGGCGAGUUUUAUGAUUGAGAUUUUGUUUUCUAUAACAAGGUCUGUAAAAGCUAGUUACAAAACAAUUGAUUACUAAGAUAAUUUGUAUUUGUUUAGUUUUGUUUGGGGACCUGAAUGAAAGUUGGUGAUUAGUGGUACGUAAUUUACUCUGUCGUAUUUUAAUAGACAUUAAAGUAGGUACAUUACUAGAAGCAAUAUUAUUUUUUAUCUUUAAAAUACUACAUACUUUGUUGAAAUUUACACCAAUACAUAGGUACAGAUUUCGGCUAAUUGUAUUGUGGAGUAGUUUUACUAAAAACGCCUACUCAAUAUUAUAAAAUAAAUCUAUGUUUAUAUUAA